AUGGCGUGGAGGUGGAAAGCUUUCUGGGCGGUUCUAGCAGCGUUCGUCAUACUGACUGCAGUUCCGGUUCUGGGACAGCAGGAGGAGUAUGGAGAAAAUGAGGUGGAAGAACCUUCCAAAGAAGAGGGGAAAUUUUUUCCUAAGCUGCUUUCUCACAUCUUCGACAUCCUUAGCUUCAGAAAGGUGGUUGCUGAGUUAAAAGUGGGUAAGACCUCACCAACGAUGUGCUUUGUGUGCAAGUUCGGAGUGGCCCUACUGCAACACUUCGUGGAGACUGAUAAGCCACAAGAUGAAAUCGCUCACAUAGCUUACACCGUCUGCUCUACCCUGAAACUAGACAGCGACAGGGUCUGUGCUGGAAUUAUACAUCUUUUCCAGGAUGAAAUGAUGUACAUCUUCAAGAGAACUACGUUAGGGCCUCAAGAAGUGUGUGGGGUUCUCCUAGGCAAUGAAUGUGCUCGUGUGUCAUCUCCACUGCAUAACUGGACGGUGCCGUUGACCGCCUUCCCCAAGCCACCACUCGAGUCUGUCACUCAGCCAUCGCUUGGAUCCCCCGUUUCCAGGGUCCUGCAUCUUUCGGACACUCAUCUGGAUCCAUACUACCUGGAAGGAUCAAAUGCAGACUGCAAAGAACUCAUGUGCUGUAGGAUUGCAGAUGGUCCGGCCCCUACCCCCGCGCAAGCAGCUGGAAAAUGGGGAGACUACAGAAAUUGUGAUACGCCUCUCAGAACCUUAGAACACAUGCUGCGGCAUAUUACAGCGAACCACAAAAUAGAUUACGUCAUUUGGACUGGAGACAUCCCUCCCCACGACGUAUGGAACACCACCCGGUCAGAACAGGUACGACUGCUGCACUUGGUGUCUCGGAUCCUGGAAAAACAUCUUCCUGGAGUUCCGGUUUAUCCUGCUCUGGGAAACCACGAGAGCGCACGCAUAAACAGCUUCCCUCAACCCGAAGUUCAUAAUCAAUUCUCCAUUCAGUGGCUACAUGAGGAAGUAACGAAAGCUUGGGGGCGUUGGCUACCAGCAGCUGCACAGCGCACGUUACGCAAGGGGAUGUACUAUGCUGUCCGAAUUGCUCCAGGAUUGAAGCUUCUCUCAUUGAAUAUGAACUACUGCAAUAGUCAGAACUGGUGGAUGUUGCUCAAUUCUACAGAUCCUGGUCAAGAGUUGGAGUGGUUGGUUAAUCAACUACAAGAAGCAGAGCUUAGAGAAGAAAAAGUGCACAUUAUCGGACACAUUCCACCUGGUCACAGCGACUGUCUUCCAGUCUGGAGUGCUAACUAUUAUCGUAUUAUCAACAGAUUUGAGAACACAGUACGAGGUCAGUUCUUUGGACAUAGCCACUUAGAUGAACUCGAAGUGUUCUACGGUGAAAAUGGACGGCCCACCUCGGUUGCCUAUAUUGGUCCUUCAGUCACCAGCUACGAUGGUGUGAAUCCCUCCUACAGGAUCUACACCGUCGACGGUCAUUACCCUUCUAGUACUAGAGCCAUUUUAGAUCACGAAACCUACUACUUGAAUCUGACGGAGGCCAAUCUGCGAGAUAAGCCCAUAUGGAGGCGGUCUUAUUCAGCUAGAGAAGAAUAUGGGUUAACUUCCUUACAGCCAGAGCAGUGGAACCACCUGUUGGAUCGAUUUCAAGACGACGACAAUUUGUUCCAGAAAUUUGUCAGGCAUCUCUACCACCUGAGCGACUACCCCAGAGAGCAGUGUUCUGGAGAAUGCAAACAGGAGACUUUAUGUCGAAUGCGAACAGCUCGAUCACAUGACUCUUCAUUCUGUUUAUGA